CAAUCAGUCGAGAAUCUGUUGGCAAGCCGUGCAGUUCGUUCGGGUUUCCUUGCUCGCGUGUUCAGGAAGCAGAAAGCAAAAGCAGAGGAGCUGGGCCGCCACUUGGAGCGACAGUUCCAAAAUUCUGUCAAACUAUACACACGGCAUAAACCUCUACAUAUAUUCGUCGAAUAGAUAGUGCCACAUUUUAUUUAUAAAUCGCCUAUAUUUUUGGAUCAAACUUGAGGCGAAAGCAAGAGUGCUUCAGGAAUUCGGUUUUGUGUCUAGUGUGAAAAUGCCAGUGGCGAAAUUGUGAAAUCCCCGCGUGUCAAAGUCAAAGAAGUAAAGAGAUACACAAGUCAGGAAGGACACAUCCAUAUCCCGCCACAAUGCCGACCUUCGGCAGCAAGUUGCUCGCCUGCCUGCUGCUCAGCUCGGUGAUCCUGGUCAGCGGACAGUUCGAGCACUAUCUGGACAGCCUGCGCGCCUCGGAAUUGUACGAGUUCGAGGAGGGCUCCCUGGGCAGCAUACAGCUCUUGCCCAAGGGCGACAGCGAGACGAUCGUGCUGCAACUGGAGCAGCCCAUUCACUUCUACGGGGAGCAGUACGAGCAGCUCUAUAUCAACACCAAUGGCAUCCUCACCUUCAACUCCGAGUUCCCCGAGUACCUGAACCAGCCCUUUCCGCUGGAAUAUGCUUCGAUAGCGGCCUUCUACUCGAACGUGGAUACCUCGUACAGCGAUGAGGGCACCUCGAUCUCCCUGUUCGAGUCCAAGGAACAAAGUAUCCUCGACAGGGCCUCCAGUUUGGUGCGUUACGCCUUUAGCAGCCAGUCUGAAUUCGAGGCUCGCCAGGUGAUCGUGGCCACGUGGCGCAAUGUGGGCUACUUCGAUUCCAAGACGGACCGUCUGAACACCUUCCAGGUGGCGCUGAUUGCCAACGAACAGAGCACGUUUGUGCAAUUCAUCUAUCCGGAUGGCGGUCUUAACUGGUUGCAGGGCGAGACAGCUGGAUUGGGUCUCCCCGACAUUCGCGCCCAGGCAGGAUUCGUGGCUGAAGAUGGACGCUUCUACACCUUGAACGGUUCCGGAUCGGAGAAUGCCCGUUUCCUGAGCGAAAGCACCAACCUUGGUGUUCCCGGAGUCUGGCUAUUUGAAGUGGCCCCCAUUGAGAGCGAGCAGAACGUGAGGACUCCCGACAAUGCCGAGUCCCUCACAGAGUCCCCCGCUUUGGCUCUGAGUUGCCAGGCCCACGCCCAUCAGUGCCACGAGAAGGCCGAGUGCCACGACAAAGCCGAAGGAUAUUGCUGUGUCUGCGGGUCCGGAUUCUAUGGCAAUGGAAAGUCCUGCCUGACCAAUGAUCAACCGAUCCGAGUGACAGGAACUCUGGCCGGAGAGCUGAACAAGCAGCCCGUCAGCGAGGAUGCCAAGCUGCAGUCGUAUGUGGUGACCAGCGAAGGCCGCACUUAUACCACCAUCAAUCCCCUAACCCCCGAACUGGGCGCCCAACUGCGCCUCGUCCUCCCAUUGCUGACCACUGUGCCCUGGCUGUUUGCCAAGUCGGUGGGUGGUGUGGCCAAUGGAUACCAAUUAACCGGCGGUGUCUACACCCAUGUAUCUCGAUUGCAAUUCGAUUCUGGGGAGAAUCUUCAUGUGAAUCAGACCUUCGAGGGCCUCAACUACUGGGACCAGCUAUCUGUGAAGAUUGAGAUCUAUGGUGAGGUUCCGGCAGUGGCAGCGGAUGCAGUCCUAGUCCUACCCGACUACGUGGAGGAGUACACUUUCGAAAGACCUGGAGAACUGAAAUCUGUCCAGGUGCUCAAUAUAAAUAUUACCGAGGAGCAGCGUGUGUUGGGACUUCAGGUGGAGCAAAGAAUUUUGUACCGCAGCUGCCUGCGCGAUGACGAGGCAGAUCCCAGUGCCACCAAGGUGCUGCAGAAGAUCUCCAAGGUGGCACUCGAUUAUGUGGAGCGUGAUCAGGCUCUGCGCAUUGGCGCCAUGAGCAAGGUGGGCGUAACCCCCGAAUCGAAUGCCUGCAACGAUGGUACCGCCGAUUGCGUGGAGAACUCCGUCUGCGUUCCUUACGAGGACACCUACCGGUGCGACUGCUACCACGGUUUCGCUGCCCAGCUGGACGAGCGUGGAGUGGAGGUCUGCCUGGACAUCGACGAGUGCGCGACGGGCUCCCACGUCUGCGAUGAGAAUGCUGUCUGCGACAACACGGAGGGCGGAUUCAACUGCUACUGUACCGAGGGAUUCGAGGGCAACGGCUACCGUUGUCUGUCCAACAGCACCGCUGACAACAUUGAGUACCCGCCAGCAGUCGAGGGACAAGCUGAACCCACCUCCGAACCAAAUCCCAAUCCCAGCCCUUAUCCCGACCAGGGACAGGACCAGGAGCGGGAAAGGGAAGAUGAGCGUGAACGGGAGCGUGAUCAGUAUCCCCAACCGAAUCCAUAUCCUUAUCCUGAUGAGCAGAUACCCCAACACUCCGACGAGUGCUACCGCUGCUCGAAGGACGCCGACUGUUACCAGGGACGUUGCACGUGUCACGAAGGAUUCGACGGCGAUGGCUACACCUGCACCAAUAUUUGCGGACAUGGCGAAGUUUGGGAGAACGGACGUUGCGAGCCUCUGUUGCUCGAGAGGCACGAUGUGGAUCCGCUGUGCGAUGCUCUAGGAGAAUGCCGAUGCCCCUAUGGAUACGAACUGAGCGAGGAUAGUCUGCGCUGCACCUACGUGCAAGAAUUCGAUGGAGAAAGGAAUGCCGAUCUGAUUCCCUGCGAUGUGGAUGAAAACUGUCACAUCAACGCCACCUGCAAUUGGUAUGGCCAGGAGCUUCGCCACAUUUGCACCUGUCAGCCGGGAUUCAGAGGCGAUGGAUACAACUGCGACCCCAUCAGCGACGACUCCUGUGCAAUUGUAAGUGAUUAUACCUUCAUAUAUGAUAUCCCUAUGACAGCAUCAUUGAAACCCCUUCAGAGACCCGAUAUCUGUGACGUUCAUGCCGACUGCGUCUAUGAGGAGCAGCUGGGCAAGUCGGAGUGCCACUGCCAGGCGGGCUACACAGGCAACGGCUUCAAUUGUCAGUUGGCCGCCGAGUGCCAGUCCGCAGAGCAUUGUGGCGAGAAUGCCUUCUGCGACGACGGCGUCUGCCGCUGCCAAGCGGACUUCGAGCGGGACGUCAGUGACCGCUGUGUUCCGGCGGGACGUUGCGGCAGCGUCUUCUGCGGCUCAAAUGCCAUUUGCAAGUGGGAUUCGGUGGAGGGCGUCCAGUACUGCGACUGCCUCGAAGGAUAUCAGGGCGACGCUCUUACAGGAUGCACCAGCAAGCCUCUGUCCUGCCACGUCCUUAACAACUGCGGCAUCCACGCCACCUGCGAACCUACCGAGGAUCCGGCCAAUUACGAGUGCCAGUGCAUCGCUGGUUUCAAGGGAGAUGGAUACGUGUGCAUCGAGGAGCAGAACUGCCUGAACAACCCGACCUUGUGCGACAUGAAUGCCCAGUGCCGUUCGACCAAUUCCGGUCUAGUCUGCGUCUGCAAUCAGGGCUUCUUUGGUAAUGGAUCCUUGUGCCAGGAGCGUCAGCAUCAGGACUCUGACUUCCUAAUUGUCAGCCAGGGUGUGAUGAUCGCUCGCGUUCCGCUCAACGGACGUAAUGUCCGGCCCAUUUCGGUGGCUCAGAUGGCCAUUGGCCUGGACAAGGAUUGCGUGGAGGGCCGCGUCUACUGGGGCGAUAUUUCGACCAAGAAGAUCGUGAGCGCCAAAUACGACGGCACUGAUCUGCGACCGUUUAUCACCACUGAUAUUGAAUCUCCCGAGGGUAUUGCCAUUGAUGUGAUCUCGCGCCGCCUUUAUUGGGCGGACUCAGAAAAGGAUACCAUUGAGGUGGCCAGCCUGGACGACUCUUCCCUGCGGGCAGUGAUCAUCAACAAGCAGCUCGUCAACCCCCGUGGUAUUGCGGUAGAUCCGUACAGGGAGAAACUGUUCUGGUCGGAUUGGGACCGCGAAUCACCCAAGAUCGAGAUGUCUAACCUGGACGGCACUGGUCGAGAACUCCUGCUGGGCAAGGAUGCUGUCACUCUGCCCAACUCCUUGGUGGUGCUUGAGAACUCCGGCGAGGUGUGCUACGCGGAUGCGGGAACCAAAAAGGUGGAGUGCAUCGAGCCACAAAACCGCCAAAUCCGCACCAUCUCCAACCAACUGACUUAUCCCUUCGGCAUUACCUUCACGCACGAUCAGUUCUACUGGACGGACUGGACCACGAAAAAAGUGGAGAUCGUUGACAGCUUGGGAGCACGGCAGACGCCCAUUCAGCCGCCCUUCUUUGGCAGCCACAAGAUGUACGGCAUGACAGUCGUGGAGCAGCACUGCCCGCAGUACCAGAGUCCCUGCCAGAUCAGCAACGGCGGAUGCACGGACUCCCGGCUCUGCCUGGUCAACCGACAGGCUCCGUCCGGAAAGAGCUGCAAGUGCACCAGCGCCUCCACAGGAUGCACCGUGCCGGCGCCCGGCUACUAAGUCUAUUUUAAAUGCAUGCUGAAAUUAUUUUUCGAUACGUAUACAAUCAUAUAAAAAGAAAGUUAACCAAAGCGCGGAAGGGUAUCGAAGUAAACUAAACUAAAUUAACUUAACUAACUAGGAGUGCCUGUGUGCCAUUUCAAAGAAGAAUAAUUAAUAAAGAGAAACCAGCUAGAAAUUUA